GAAGACUCGUUUGCGGUUUUUUCUAAUUUACGAUGUUGCCAAUUCUGUUAUCAGAAUCGUUGCAUUAAUAAUGCAUGAAGAAACUCAGAAUGUGUGCAUUUUGAACGUAACCUCCUAGCGUGCCUAGAUAACGAUACAUACGUUUGAUCAGAGUGAACUAACAUUAAUUGAAUUCCAUACUCAUUGGGGUAUUCGCAGUGUUGCCAGUUUGAUUAAUGAUUUUUUUAUAAAAAAAACGUGUAACAGUCGUCUCAAAUGGCAAUAUGUAAUGGCGAUCUUAACCAUACCUCCAAUGCUGAAAGAGGCUUGUGAAUCUGUUAAUGGAGAUUUUAAAGUGAGUGAUGCUUCGUAGUGAAGACUUGGUUUUGAUAUUGAAGAAUUAUAAGACGCGGACGUUUUCUGUAAGAUCAGGACGAUAUAAUGUCAGACCUUUUCGCCUGCUUGAUUCGGGACUUUGUGAAGUGGUGAGCCUUCUUUCUGCGGUCUCUAUCCACGUCUCAGUGCAAGAAACGCCCAGUCGUCAAUUCGCAGUGCAUUUUUAUGUGCUCAGCGGAGCCGGUGGAGCUGCAGAUGUCGACAGAGCAGCGGGAGCGGGCCGAGGUGCAGAGUUCCCUGGGGAACUCCCUGGACGGGGGCUCCGGGGCGGCGAUGAUGAGCCAGUUCUGCUCGAUAUGCGGUGACCGCGCCACCGGCAAACACUACGGCGCUGCCUCCUGCGACGGAUGUAAGGGCUUCUUCAGACGAUCGGUCCGCAAGAACCACAUCUAUGCCUGCAGAUUUGGCAGGAAUUGCGUAGUAGAUAAGGACAAAAGAAAUCAAUGUAGAUAUUGUAGACUGAGAAAAUGUUUUAAAGCUGGCAUGAAAAAGGAAGCAGUUCAGAACGAGAGGGACCGGAUAAGUUGUCGAAGGCCGAGCUACGAGGAGCAGUCAAACAACAAUGGUCUCUCAGCCAAUUCACUACUCAACGCUGAAAUGCUCUCCCGGCAGAGUGGCGCCGCCCUUGAAGUCAACGACUAUGACUUAUCCAAUAAGCGAAUCGCCAACAUAAACGACGUUUGCGAUUCGAUGAAACAGCAGCUCCUCUUCCUGGUUGAAUGGGCCAAAUACAUCCCGGCUUUCACAGAACUCCCCCUUGACGACCAGGUUGCGCUAUUACGAGCGCAUGCUGGAGAGCACUUACUUCUUGGCCUAGCCCGGCGAUCCAUGCACCUUAAGGACGUCCUGUUACUCGGCAAUAAUUGUGUCAUCACGAGGUAUUGCCCCGACUCACAGAUCGCGCCAGACUUGGACAUCAGCCGGAUAGGUACCCGUGUCAUGAAUGAGAUCGUCAAAGACCUCAACGAAGUCGGUAUCGAUGAUACGGAGUUCGCCUGCCUCAAAGCAAUCGUCUUCUUCGAUCCAAAGGCAAAGGGGUUGAGUGAUAUGAACCGGAUCGGAGCUUUGCAGCAUCAGAUCCAGAUCAACCUGCAGAACUACAUGAGCGACCGGCAGUACGACUCCCAAGGGCGCUUCGGGAAGCUCUUGCUCAUGCUGCCGGCCCUCCAGUCCAUCUCCUGGCAGAUGAUCGAGCAGAUCCAGUUCGCCAAGCUCUUCGGCGUCGCCCACAUCGACAGUCUCCUCCAGGAAAUGCUCCUCGGAGACUCUUGGCUGGGAACGACAGACGCUCUUAAGAUGGUCCUAUGCACUAGUAAAAUAUAUGCGAAUGAAUGGAAAUUAUCAGAAAGUUGAGUCAGUCGAAUCAAGCUGUGAGAAGACCUUGUAGUAG